AUGGAGGUGGUGGACGAGACGGAGGCUCUGCAGCGCUUCUUUGAAGGCCAUGACAUCAACGGAGCUCUGGAGCCAUCUAACAUUGACACCAGCAUCCUGGAGGAGUACAUCAGCAAGGAGGACUCCCCAGACAUCUGCUUCCCUGACAUCCCUGCUUCCACCAGCUAUGCACACCCCCAGCCCUCCAGCUCAGCCACCAGCAGCCUGCCUCUUGCCAGCUCCAUCAGCAGUGUGACCAACCCCAGCUCCAGUGGCUCCCUGCACCUUCCUGCCCCGGGCAGCCAGCUGCCAGCCCGCCAUGGGCCCCUCCUGGCCAGCCCCUGUGGACCCAGCUAUGGUGCUGCUGCUGCUGCCCACCUCAACUGCAAUAACAACAAUGGCAUGGUGGUGCCCAAGGGCUACCUCGCUGGCCACUGCCUAAGCAACCUGGUGCCUCCAAUCAAAUCAGAGCCUAAGGCCUCCUAUGCACCUGGCACUUUACCUGACUCUCCUCCAGAUUCGGGAUCAGAAGCUUACUCCCCUCAGCAGGUGAACGAUCCUCACCUCCUCCGGACCAUGACCCCCGAAAACAUGUGCCACCUGACUCCCCCUUCUCGCCUGGAGCACCCUCCUCCUCCUCCUCCUCCACCACCUCCACCUCCACCACCACCUCCACACCUUCCAGGUCCUCCCCCACCACCCCCUCACCCCCACCAGCAGCAGCACCCCCCUCACUACCCCAGCCUGCAGCGGGACAUGUACCUGAAGGCUGAGCCCCUGAUGCCACCCUACGGCAUCGGGCAGGGCAUGGCACCUCCUGACCUCCACCAUGCCCAGCAGUCACAGAUGUUGCACCAGCUACUGCAGCAGCAUGGAGCAGACCUCCCGGUGCAUCCUGCCAAGAAGCGGAAACACUCCGAGUCCCCCCCCACCACCCUCAAUGCCCAGAUGCUCAACGGGCUGAUAAAGCAGGAGCCAGGUAUGGGGGCAGUGCCACUCAACCCUGACCGAGUGCCAACACCUCCCUGGCACCAGCCAGGAGCACUUUCACCAGGUUUGAUCCAAGACAACGACAGCUUGAACGGCUCCUACCUGGACCCCAACUACCAGUCCAUAAAGUGGCAGCCACACCAACAGAACAAGUGGGCAACUCUCUAUGAUGCCAACUACAAAGAGCUCCCCAUGCUGACCUACCGCGUCGACGCCGACAAGGGCUUCAACUUCUCGGUGGGCGACGACGCUUUCGUCUGCCAGAAGAAGAAUCACUUCCAGGUCACAGUCUACAUUGGCAUGCUUGGAGAUCCCAAGUAUGUGAAGACCCCUGAGGGCCUGAAACCUUUGGAGUGCUUCUACCUGAAGCUGCAUGGAGUGAAGCUAGAGGCCUUGAACCAGUCCAUCAACAUUGAGCAGUCCCAGUCUGACCGCAGCAAGCGGCCCUUCAACCCUGUCACGGUCAACCUGCCUCCAGAGCAGGUCACCAAGGUCACUGUGGGGCGGCUGCACUUCAGUGAGACCACAGCCAACAACAUGAGGAAGAAAGGCAAACCCAACCCAGACCAGAGGUACUUCAUGCUGGUGGUGGCCCUGCAGGCCCACGCCCAGAACCAGAGCUACACACUGGCAGCACACAUCUCCGAGCGCAUCAUCGUCAGGGCCUCCAACCCUGGGCAGUUUGAGAGUGACAGUGAUGUGCUGUGGCAGAGGGCACAGCUCCCUGACACCGUCUUCCACCACGGCCGAGUGGGCAUCAACACGGACCGGCCGGAUGAGGCCCUGGUGGUGCACGGCAAUGUGAAGGUCAUGGGCUCCCUGAUGCACCCUUCAGACCUUCGAGUGAAGGAGGACAUCCAGGAGGUGGACACCACAGAGCAGCUGAAGAGGAUCUCCAGGAUGAGGCUGGUGCACUACAACUACAAGCCUGAGUUUGCAGCCACAGUGGGCAUUGACAACACCUCUGAGACAGGUGUCAUUGCUCAGGAGGUCAAGGAGAUUCUCCCUGAAGCUGUGAAGGACACUGGGGACCUGGUCUUUUCCAAUGGGAAGACCCUUGAGAACUUCCUGGUGGUGAACAAGGAGCGAAUCUUCAUGGAGAACGUCGGGGCGGUGAAGGAGCUCUGCAAGCUGACAGACAACCUGGAGACCCGCAUCGAUGAGCUGGAGAGGUGGAGCCACAAGCUGGCCAAGCUCAAGAGGCUGGACAGCAUGAAGUCAACCAUCAGCUCGGGGGCCUUCAGCCAAACAGGGAGCCAGUUCAGCCGUGCAGGAAGCGUGCCCCACAAGAAGAGGCCCCACAAAGUAGCCAGCAAGUCACCAUCAAUUGUCCCAGAGCAGGCCUGCAUCAGCCAGCGCUUCCUGCAGGGCACCAUCAUAGCCCUGGUCAUCAUCAUGGCCUUCAGCGUGGUGUCCAUGUCCACUCUCUACGUGCUGAGCCUGCGCAGUGAGGAGGACCUGGUGGACAUUGAUGGCUCCUUUGCUGUGCCCACUGCCUGCCUCCUGGCCCUUUUCCGGCACAGGGGCCCUGGGGUGCCGGUUGCUCUGUGUCCACGGUCAAGCCAAAACCUGGACAAAACCCAGCUGGUGAGAUCCACUGCCACCUCCGCUGGAGCCAGCAGCAGGACCCCCCUGCACCAUGUCACAGAAGAUGCUCAUGGUGUAGUCUUCAGCUCACCUGGUCACAGCCUUCUAGCCUGCUUCAGCCCACCCUGCUUCUCUGUGUGCUGCUCUGCUGCUCCCACCAAUGCCUCCUCUGUUGCCCUGGCUGAGACCAGCCCCACUCAUGCCACCAACCGGACAGACCAAAGCCACACCUCGCUCCUACCGGUGACAAACAUCAAAGGCAAAUCCAGGGGCAUCACCGGGAAAGCCAGCUCCUACCCCAAGUGGCCAAAGACUCCUGACAGGUCUCAGAGCUUCGGCAGCCCCAAUGCCAGCCCCUCUUCCCCCUUCACCCACCAAAUCCAGGCCAAAUCCAAGUCCAUCUCCAACCUCUCGCUCUCCCGCAGCAGCUCCGCGCUGGGGCUGAGCCGGCGGCAGCGCAGCGUCCGGCAGCCGGCGAGCCAGCGGCCCCGCAGGGAUCAGCCUGCCACGGAUGGGCCAAGCCCAGUGCUGCGCUCCAUCCGGAUUGUGGAGGUCAACCUGGCCAUCCAGGCUCAGUACUGUGCAGCUCCAGACACCUGCAGGACUGGAAACUUCACCUACCGCAUCCCUGUCAACCAGCUCACAGCAGUGAACACCAACCUGACCCUGGAGAUGAACUCCUCCUCAGCUGUCUCCAUCUCCCUUUGUGGCCUUGCCUCCAGUGCCCCCUGCCAGGAUGCUGUGAAGCUGAGCAGCUCCACCAAUGCCACAGACACACAGGACACAACUCACCGGUGGCCCCUCGUGACGAUGUCCUUCCAGGAGUUCACCUACCACUUCCGAGUAGCACAGCCAGGCCAAGCCAACUGCAGCAGCAGUCCCCAGCAGCUGGGACACCUUUUCACUGACUAUUAUUUCCAGUUCUACUGGCUCUGUGAGUGA